UGCAUGUCUAAAGGCAGUUUUAAAGUUGCAUUUUGUGCUUCUUAAGAAGUCUUCUCCAAUAACGAAAUACUCCAACAAGGACGACAUUCGAUUGUUUCACGUCCUAUUGAACAAUGUCAAAUAUGAUUGGGUUCACUUCUUUCUCGUUGCACUUGGUGAUGGUACUCGUUUUUCACAUCUUCGUAUUGCCAUCCCUAUCAUGCAUAUCCUUGCUCAUUGCAAAGUGGACCUUACUCGGGACACUCGGGUGCCGGUGAAAAAGACUUGUUUCAUCAAGGACACCAAGUUCACCGAGACUGUCUUCCGCAAAGAGACAACCGACGAGCAAAAUCUGGUAUUGGUUGUUGCCGAUGAAGAGGAGAGCGAGAACGAAGCUGAUUCGUCUCAUGCCAGCGGAAGUCGAACCUCGGCACGUGUCACUCGUCAACGCAGGACUCGUCCGAGAGAAGAAGCACCGGAACCUUCUUGGGUGAAGAGGAUCUUUGACACUCUCGCAUGCAUUCGAAAUGACGAAUCUGGUGGGUGUGGGGAGAAGAAUAGAUCGAGUAAGAGGAGGAGGAAGAAGAAGAGCAAGAAGAGCGGUAAGCGGUUUAGCAAUGAACAAGUGAGGUCACUGGAGAGCAUCUUUAGGCUGGAAACAAAGCUGGAAACAAAGAAGAAAGUGCAGGUGGCCACAGAUUUGGGGCUCCAACCUCGCCAGGUCGCCAUAUGGUUUCAGAACAAAAGGGCAAGGUGGAAAUCCAAGCAGAUGGAGCACGAAUUCAGAGUCCUCAAAUCCGAAUUCGACAGCCUUAAUGCCCAGUUUGAUGAACUCAAAAGAGAAAAAGAGUAUUUGCUUUUGCAGUUGGAGGAACUACGAAACCAGCUAGAAAGGAGUGGAAGUGCAGGGCAGAGAAAGAAUCAUCAAGACACACAAAGCCGGGAGAGGCCUACCGAUUCAGAAAACAGAAAUGCAGGGUUGGGGGCGUGUGAAACUCCAAUAGUAUGCGUAAAUGGUGGAAGACGAGCAAGCAACAAUGGGUUUGUUGAGCGCGACAUAGAAGAAGAAAAAGAAGAAGAAGAAGAAGUGGAGUUUUUGAACCUGGUGGAGUUAGGUGGCAGCCCUUUCGCCUCGCCGGAUCACUGGUGCAGUGGCAGCUUGAACAGCCCUUUUGACGACGACUCCUGUGGCCCUUCAAAAUGGUGGGAGUUUUGAGCUGUCAUGUAUGUGGUCUUCUAUGUGUAUGUAUAUAAUUUGUGCUUCGUCUCUUGGAUGCAAAUUUAUGUACAGAGUAGCCCGCCAGGCCGAGGAGGGUGUUGGUUGGUGCUUCCACUUGUAGAUAGAAUAAAAUACGGAGUAACUAUUUUGCACAAGGGAUUCAAAAGGGCCACUAACACGCUUCUCAUUCGAUUCUCUUUGUAGGUAAUCAAAAUGCUUCUCAUUCCCAAAACGGAGAGUGCUAGGAACAAUCUCUUCAAACCUGAAAAAACCUAAAGAGAGCUUUAAAAAAAAAAAAUUGGCAUGGUGG